CCACUUACUCUCUUUUUUUUUUUUUUUGCUUUGAUUUGAGGUUUUGGUUCGUUUCCGUCAUGCCUGAGCCAGCGAAAUCCGCUCCAGCUCCUAAAAAGGGCUCCAAGAAGGCAGUGACGAAAGCGCAGAAAAAAGAUGGCAAGAAGCGCAAGCGCAGCCGCAAAGAGAGCUACUCUGUUUACGUGUACAAGGUGCUCAAGCAGGUCCACCCCGACACCGGCAUCUCCUCCAAAGCCAUGGGCAUCAUGAACUCCUUCGUCAACGACAUCUUCGAGCGCAUCGCUGGUGAGGCGUCUCGCUUGGCGCAUUACAACAAGCGCUCGACCAUCACGUCCAGGGAGAUUCAGACCGCGGUGCGCCUGCUGCUGCCCGGGGAGCUGGCCAAACACGCAGUGUCCGAGGGCACCAAGGCUGUCACCAAGUACACCAGCUCCAAGUGAGCAGUUCUCCUGUCUUA